UUUCUCUCUUGGGAGGGGGAAGUUGUUUGGAUUUAGUGACGACAGGAUGUCUGGCCGCGGCAAGCAGGGAGGCAAGGCGAGGGCCAAGGCGAAGUCGCGCUCGUCGCGGGCCGGCCUGCAGUUCCCCGUGGGCCGCGUGCACCGCCUGCUGCGCAAGGGCAACUACGCCGAGCGGGUGGGCGCCGGCGCGCCCGUCUACCUGGCCGCCGUGCUCGAGUACCUGACGGCCGAAAUCCUCGAGCUGGCCGGCAACGCCGCUCGCGACAACAAGAAGACCCGCAUCAUCCCCCGACACCUGCAGCUGGCCAUCCGCAACGACGAAGAGCUCAACAAGCUGCUGGGGAAAGUCACCAUCGCCCAGGGCGGCGUCCUGCCCAACAUCCAAGCCGUCCUCUUGCCCAAGAAGACCGAGAGCCACAAGGCCAAAGGGAAGUGAAGCUGCUGUUUCUGGGCCUCGCAGUUCUCGUUGAAACCGAACCAAAGGCUCUUUUCAGAGCCACCCACACC